AUGAUGGUCACUGCACAAACCCCCUGGGGCUGGUUCCUGGGGUACCUCAUCCUUGAGGUCACAGGAGCCUCCGCCUCAAGUGUCAGCAGCCGGAUCAUACAAGGCCAGGACUGCUUCCCACACUCGCAACCCUGGCAGGUGGCACUGUUCUCAGAAGACGGUUUUUUCUGCUCAGGCGUCCUGGUGCAUCCGCAGUGGGUGCUGUCAGCAGCACAUUGCUUACAGGACUCCUACAUCGUGGGACUGGGCCUGCACAACCUGAAAGGCUCCCAAGAGCCUGGCAGCCGGAUGUUAGAGGCCCACCUCUCCAUCCAACACCCCAACUUCAACGACCCUUCUUUUGCCAACGAUCUCAUGCUCAUCAAGCUAAACGAAUCAGUGAUGGAGUCUAACACCAUCAGGAGCAUCCCUGUGGCUACCCAGUGUCCCGUUCCUGGGGAUACCUGCCUAGUCUCUGGUUGGGGUCGACUAAAGAAUGGGAAACUGCCUAGCCUCCUGCAGUGUGUGAAUCUCUCAGUGGCUUCAGAGGAGACUUGCCGGCUGCUGUAUGACCCUGUGUACCACCUCAGCAUGUUCUGCGCUGGAGGACAGGACCAAAAGGACACGUGCAAUGGGGACUCUGGGGGUCCCAUAGUGUGCAACAGAUCCCUACAAGGGCUCGUGUCUAUGGGACAAGGAAAGUGUGGGCAGCCUGGUAUACCAAGUGUCUACACCAAUCUCUGCAAGUUCACUAACUGGAUCCAGACCACCAUUCAGACAAGCUAG